AUGUCUACUCAGAAAGCAAUUGUCGUCGUGGAGAAGGGCAAGGAGGGUCUCGUCACCGACCGCCCCAUCCCUCAACUCCGGGAUGACUAUAUGAUCGUCAAGACCGUCAGUGUGGGCUUGAACCCCACCGACUGGAAGCACAUUGCCUACCUCUCUCCUCCAGGUGUCCUGGUGGGAUGUGACUACUCCGGCGUCGUCGAAGCCGUCGGCAAAGACGUGCGAAAGCAAUUCGCCAAGGGUGACCGCGUGUGCGGAUUUACGCACGGUGGUAACGCCGUCCAGCCCGAAGACGGCGCUUUCGCCGAGUACAUCGCCGUCAAAGGCGAUUUGCAGUGGAAGAUCCCCGAGGCCAUGAGCUUCCAGGAAGCCGCCACUCUCGGCGUGGGUAUCAGCACUGUUGGUCAGGGUCUGUACCAGAGUCUGAAGCUGGCACUGCCCACCGAGCCGAUCAAGGAUAACACCCCGAUCCUGAUCUACGGUGGCUCCACCGCGACCGGAACCCUAGCUAUCCAGUUCGCCAAGCUGUCCGGCUACAAGGUGCUGACCACUUGUUCGCCUCGCAACUUCGACUUGGUCCGAAGCCUUGGAGCCGACGAGGUCUAUGACUACAAGGACGCCAAUUCCGCUGCUGAGAUCCGCAAGGCUACUGAUAACAAGCUGAAGCUUGCCUUUGACUGUAUCUCACUUGAGGCUAGCGCUGCAUUCUGUGACAAUGCCCUGUCCACCGAGGGUGGCGAGUACAGCGCUCUGCUUAAUGUCAAGAUCGAGCGUGAAAACGUCAAUGACCGUUUUACCUUGGCCUACACUACCCUUGGCGAGGCGUUCUCGUUCGGCGACAUUCCCUUCCCCGCCAAGCCGGAGGACAGAGCUCACGCCGAGAAGUUCAUCCCCAUUGCUGAGGGUCUGCUCAACCAGGGCAAGCUCAAGGUUCACCCUCCCAAGGUUGGCCCGAAUGGCUUGCAGGGUGUGAUGGAGGGUUUGAAGCUGCUCAAGGAGGACAAGGUCAGCGGCGAGAAGCUGGUUUACAACGUCUCCGAGACUCCUUGA